GGAAACAAAUUACUACAUGAUUCAGGACUACAAUGAUAAUCUAUACGGUUCACAUUACGUUUCGAGUCAAGAGCCGUCCGGCAGCGAGGCAUAUCCAAGUCUCGGCGAUCAAUGCACCUCAAGUCGGGGUGGUAGGUUGCGACCGUCACAAUUGUCACCGGCUUCGUCGAGUAACGCUUUCAACAAUUUUAUGCCCACGAUGGCGUUUGUUAACAACACUCUUAUCAGGGGAAGAUUCAUGAGCAUCGGCAGGGACAUUCUACCACCGCCACCACUACCAGGAGAAAUCAUGUCUCCUCUCUCCAUGAAUGGUUUUAUAUCUCCACACUUGCUGAACAGGAGCGGAAGUCGGUUGGAUAGUCCUCUAUUAAGCCAACGUUUGACACCAACAUCGUCGAAUCAUUUAGGCCAACUGGGAGCGGACGAGACAGAUCUAGCAUUGCAGGAUUUUCCACUAUUUCCGCUCAUCUCUGGUCUCACCCUGUCAAGAUUCAUCUCAUUUUCGUGCAACAUCCCGCCACUUCUACCAUCGCUGUCUCUUUCAUCGGUCACCAACGGAUUCACGGCGCCGUUAUUUUUGACAAACAGCGAUAUCGCGAAGAUGAUUGCAAUCAAUCUGCCAAAGUUUAGGUCUCUGAAAAGCAUUGUGAAUGGUCAGCUAAAGAAAUCCGUCAAUCUGAAAUAUUCCAUUGGUCGAUCCGUGAAACAACUUGCUCAAAACGAUUCGCGAAGGCACAAAACUGCGCAAGAUAAAGAAGAUCGAGCAGAAGGAGGUGGAGCGUAUGAAUGCGCUCAACGACGUCGUGUCCAUCCUGGCGCACUUUGCGUUGCCGUCAAGUUCAGCGACAGUGAUUUGCUAUUGGCAUUGUGGGCGAUCCCGGGGUGA